GUCGCUGUCAGCGCUUAUGGCCACGGAGGUUGUUCCCUAGUUGCUGCCAGCGCUCAGGGCCAUGGAGGUCAUUCCCCUGUCGCUGCCUGUGCUCACAACCAUGGAGGUCAUUCCCCUGUCACUGCCAGUGCUCACGGCCACAGAGGUUGUUCCCCUGUCACUGCCUGUGCUCACCACCAUGGAGGUCUUUCGCCUGUCACUGCCUGUGCUCACAACCCCAGAGGUCGUUGCCCUAUCACUGCCUGUGCUCAUGCCCACAGAGGUCAUUCCCCUGUCACUGCCAGUGCUUACGGCCAUGGAUGACAUUCCCAAGUCACUGCCAGCACACACGGCCAUGGAGGUCGUUCCCCUGUCACUGCCAGUGCUCAUGGCCAUGGAGGUCAUUCCCCUGUCACUGCCAGUGCUCAUGGCCACGGAGGUCAUUCCCCUGUCACUGCCAGUGCUCAUGGCCACGGAGGUCAUUCCUCUGUCACUGCCAGCGCACACGGCCAUGGAGGUCGUUCCCCUGUCGCUGCCUGUGCUCACGACCAUGGAGGUCAUUCCCCUGUCACUGCCAGUGCUCACGGCCACAGAGGUUGUUCCCCUGUCACUGCCUGUGCUCACAACCCCAGAGGUCGUUGCCCUGUCACUGCCUGUGCUCAUGCCCACAGAGGUCAUUCCCCUGUCACUGCCAGUGCUUACGGCCAUGGAGGACGUUCCCAAGUCACUGCCAGCACACACGGCCAUGGAGGUCGUUCCCCUGUCACUGCCUGUUCUCACGACCAUGGAGGUCGUUCCCCUGUCACUGCCUGUGCUCACAACCAUGGAGGUCGUUCCCCUGUCACUGCCAGUGCUCACAGCCAUGGAGGUUGUUCCCCUGUCACUGCCUGUGCUCACCACCAUGGAGGUCAUUCGCCUGUCACUGCCUGUGCUCACAAUCCUGGAUGUCGUUCCCCUGUCACUGCCUGUGCUCACCACCAUGGAGGUCGUUCGCCUGUCACUGCCUGUGCUCACAACCCCAGAGGUCGUUCCCCUGUCACUGCCUGUGCUCACGGCCACAGAGAUUAUUUCCCAGUCGCUGCCAGUGCUCCUGAACACGGUGGUCGUCAACGAGCCUGUCCAGUUUCCAGAGGCUGUCGACAAACCUGUCUAAUUCCCAGAGGCUGUCGAUGAGCCUGUCCAGUUCCCCGAGUCUGUCCAGUUUCUUAAGUCCGUUCAGUUCCCCAAGGCUAUCGAUGAGUCUUCCACAGCUCUGCCUCUUGAGUUUUCCACAGCUCUGCCUCUUGAGUCUUCCACAGCUCUGCCCUUCGAGUCUUCCACGGCUCUGCCCUUCGAGUCUUCCAUGGCUCUGCCCCUCGAGUCUUCCAUGGCUCUGCCCCUCGAGUCUUCCACGGCUCUGCCCCUCAAGUCUUCCAUGGCUCUGCCAUGUUUUGGAUUCAUGUUUUGGAUAUCAGCACUGUAAAUAAAUCUGCACUUGGGUUCACACUUCAGCUACUUCGUCUCCAUCUGUUCCUGUCUUCAGCCUGCCAGAAUGUUACAGUAAGAUGUAUUUUGAGACAUCAUGAAUGUCUUUACAAUGCAUUAUCAAUACGGUCUUCAUACAAAGUUUUACAGAAACAUUUCUACCACUAUACCAUACAUUUUUCAAACUCAUCUCAGGCCGUUUGUAUUAUUUGCAUGAAAUAUGGUAUGUGUUAUCUAGAGAUGCUCCUAACAAAUUUUAUUCAUUAUAUUGUUUAGAAGAUAUGAUUCAAAAUGUUUUUGGGUGUGGCCCAUAAUGACUUAUUGGUCUGUAUAUUGUGAGUGCAAAUUAACAAAAUGUAACAAAACUAUGUUUACAUGGGAAACAGAACAUUCUGAGGGCAAAAAUGCUUAAUUUUGUCCUAAUACGAUGCAAGGUGGCUCUAUAAUUUAAUAAAAUCUUAAUCUAAUCUGCAGCUGUGAUCAAAAACAACUGUAUCCACAGCAUCCACACAAUCUAUUUUGUAAAAUUUGGCUAUUUUUGUCAUGUUUGAUCAGUGCACAUAUACUGUAGCAGUAACUUGCAUAAUUCUGACAAUAGUUUGGAUGUGAACAGCAUCUUGAACAAUAAGUAUUUCUGACAAGGGUAAAAAGCUGUGGUCAAAAAAUGAGGAUAAAUGUCCACACGCUAAUAUUACAGCUCCAAACUUUUAUUGAACAAAGAAAAAGCUGUGGUGUCACUGUCUUGGAUUUGGCAUUUCAAUACAACACCACCUUCAUGUGUGUCACAUAAUCUUUUAACACUAAAAUGUAUUAUGUUUAUAAGGUUUAUUUUUGGAGCUUUAUUUAAAUUGUUGAGGAGCUGUGGGACUGUCAAACCAUGGGUGGUUUGAUACAAGCAAUUGUAGAUCACAGUGUUGCAACAUGA